CCUUUUAAGUUUGUCUGAUUAUGCUGCUCAUUAUUUCUGGGAAUCAACAUAUGCAGAAGCUAAACAUAAUAAAGCAUGAUUCUAAUAGCUCCUCAUCUCUUUUUCUUUUUCUUUUUCUUUUUGUUAUCCAUUCCUUCUCUCUCAUCUGGAGCUAACACUUUAUCUGUGAAUCAAUCUCUCUCUGGAAACCAGACCCUUAUCUCUCUUGCUGAAACUUUUGAAUUGGGUUUCUUUAAAUCAGGUGAGUCUUCCACCUAUUACAUAGGAAUUUGGUACAAGAAAGUCAAAACAAGAACCAUAGUCUGGGUAGCAAAUAGAGAUACACCCAUCGCCAAUAUAUUCUCUUCUAAAUUACAAAUUCUAAAUGGUAACUUAGUGCUCUUAGACGAGUCAAACACCCAAAUUUGGUCAACAAAUAUAACCCCAACACCUACACCCACAACAUCAGCAGUUCUUCUUGAUGAUGGUAAUUUAGUUUUGAGAUAUGAUUCAAGUUCAAUUUCAAUCACACCAAUUUGGCAAAGUUUCGAUCAUCCAACCAAUACUUUCUUGCCUGGUGGCAAGUUUGGAUACAACAAGCAAAAAAACACAAAGCAGAUUAUCACUUCUUGGAAAAGUACAGAAGAUCCUGCAACGGGUCCCUUUUCUUUAGAGGUUGACCAAGAUGAGAAACAGUAUGUGAUCAAAUGGAAUAGAAGUGUAGAGUAUUGGGCAAGUGGAUCUUGGAAUGGUAGAAUCUUUAGCUCUUUACCCGAAAUGAGAUUGAAUUAUAUCUAUAACUUCAGCUACGUUGACAAUGAAAACGAGAGUUAUUUUACAUAUUCUUUAUAUAAUCCAUCAUAUAUUUCAAGAUUGAUUAUGGAUGUCUCUGGGCAGAUUCAACAGCAGACAUACUUGGAAAGUCUCGACCAAUGGAAUCUGUUUUGGACUCAACCUAGAUCACAGUGUCAGGUGUAUGCUUUUUGUGGACCUUUUGGGACUUGUAGUCAAACCGAAUUACCUUUUUGUAGUUGUUUGACUGCUUUUGUGCCUAAAUCACUGAAUGAUUGGAAUCUGAGUGAUUUCUCUGGUGGGUGUGUGAGAAGAACGGAAUUCGAUUGUGGAAUUAAGGAAGAAAAACCUGGGUUUAUUCAAGGUUAUGUCCCAGUCAAUUAUCUUUCCACAUUUCUUGAAACUGAAACUCCGGAAUCGGAAAUGGGUGAGUCAGCAUGCAGAAGAUCUUGCUUGGAGGACUGCAGUUGUGAUGCGUAUAGUUUUAUCUUGAAAAUAUGUCGACUUUGGAACAGUGAAAAUCUGAAUAAUGUAUCACUUCUAUUUGUUUCUGAUGAUGUUAAUAGUAGGACAUUUCCAGUCAACAUUAAAGUUUCUUCAUCAGAUCUUCCGAACAGUAGUACAAAAAUCAAGACCAAAGUGCUAGUAGUAGGAAUCGUUUCAGGGUUUUGUGGUCUUGUGUUUCUUUGCAGCAUUGGCAUUAUAUUCUACAGAAGAUUGAAAAGAAAAGGAAGCAGAGAUAAUGGGGAAAAUUUUGAACGUGAGUUUCAAGAAAAUGGAAGAAAUGUUAGAUAUUUGGUAGAUCCAGGGAUAUUGAGUGCAGAAGAUAGAAAAGGAAUUGAUGUACCUUUCAUUGAAUUCAAAACCAUUUUAUCUGCCACCGACUAUUUUUCUCUAGCAAAUAAACUUGGACAAGGGGGAUUUGGGCCUGUUUACAAGGGAAUACUUCCUGGAUUAGGUGAAGUAGCAGUGAAAAGGUUGGCGAGCCAAUCUGGACAAGGGCUCAAGGAGUUCAAAAACGAAGUGUUGUUAAUUGGGAAACUUCAACAUCGUAAUCUUGUUAGGCUCUUAGGGUACAGCAUGAAGGAUCAUGAAAUGAUACUACUCUAUGAAUACAUGCAUAAUAAAAGCUUGGACCGUUUCAUCUUUGAUAGGACGCUUUCUGUGUGUCUUGAUUGGGAUUUACGGUUUGAUGUCAUCAUGGGGAUUGCUCGAGGACUUUUGUAUCUUCACCAAGAUUCACGGUUGAGGAUUAUUCAUAGAGAUUUGAAAGCAAGUAAUGUGUUAUUAGAUGAAGAUAUGAAUCCCAAGAUUUCAGACUUUGGCUUGGCAAAGAUAGUUAAAGGCCAAGAAACCGAAGAUAAUACCACUAGAGUUGUUGGAACCUACGGCUAUAUGUCUCCCGAAUACGCGCUAGACGGAUUUUUCUCGGUAAAAUCCGAUGUUUUUAGCUUUGGGGUAGUAAUACUUGAGAUUAUAAGUGGGAAAAGAAACACGGGUUAUUAUCACAAUCAAGAAGCCUUUAGCCUUAUAUCCUAUGCAUGGGGUUUGUGGAAAUCGAAAAGGCCAUUGGAAUUAGUGGAUCUGGCAUUAGUGGAAACAUGCAAUUCCAUUGAAGUGUUGAGAUGUAUGAUUGUCGGACUUUUGUGCAUACAAGAAGACCCUAGAGAUCGACCAACAAUGGUAAAUGUGGUUUUAAUGUUGGGGAUGGAUAUUGAGAGCCUCCCAGACCCAAAAGAACCAGCUUUUGUGUCAAAAAGAAGUAUCGAUCGGUUGCCAUCGACUUCGAGUAAAUCAGAGAUUAAUCAAUUGACCGUUACUCAAGAAGAAGGCCGAUAGAAAAAGUGGAAUCUUUUUCAAUUUUUGUUUUAUAUAAUAAAAAACAUAUUCAAAUUCAAACUAAAAAAAAAAUUAAUGUAAAUAAGAGUUGGAUUUAAUUAUAUAUAAUAGCACCCUCAAAGUUUACCAUAGAAAAAACAAUUUCAAGACGAAAGGAGCAUCAAAAUAGAUUAAAUGGCUUCAUGACCUACAAAGAACAUCUUUAAGCUUUAUACAAUUCACCCUGUUUACAUUAACAAUGCUCGUCUCCAACUACAUGUAU